ACCAAACAAACUGGCAUAAGCGGUAUUUAACUACUGAUGUAAACCUGUUUUCCUUCCUUCAAAAAGUACAAACCCCGCCCAUCUGAUGACUUCCUUCCUAACUUUCAGUUCAGAUACUAUAUGGAACAUAUAUAAGUGAAGGAGCACUGGGUCGCAGCUGGUUUUCUGUGGACCGGUGUGUGUGUGUGUGUGUGUGUGGACAGAAUGGGCUUCAGCGCGCUCCUGUGCGCGUGUGUUGUAGUUUUGUGCAGCGCAGCUCCGGUUAAACUCCCGCAGAGAAACAACAGACCGAUCAUCGGGAUUCUGAAGCAAGAGGUUGACAAUGAGUCAAUGAAAAAGUUUGGAAAGACGUACAUCCCUUCAUCAUAUGUGAAGUACAUUGAGUCCGGGGGAGCUAGAGUUGUGCCGAUUAGGCUAAACCAGAGUUUGGCAGAGCAUGAACAGAUCUUCAGGUCAAUAAAUGGUCUUCUUCUCAUCGGAGGCGCUGUGAAUCUGCAGACAUCUGAGUUUGCUCACACCGCUGGGAUUUACUACAGACUGGCCCUGAAGGCGAAUGAUGAAGGUGAUUUCUUUCCCAUCUGGGGAACAUGCCUGGGAUUUCAGCUGCUCACGGUGCUGGUGGCUGGAGAAAACCUGUUGAGUAAGACAACUGCAGAGAAUGUGACUUAUCCCCUCAACUUCACCGCAGAGGCUUCAUCCAGUCGUAUGUUUACCAGCUUCCCAUCUGACCUUCGUAAAGCAUUGUCCCAGGAACCGCUAACUGGAAAUUUCCACCAUUAUGGAGUGACCAAAAAGGCAUUCAUGGGAAAUGAGAAAUUAAGUGGCUUCUUUUCAGUGCUCUCCACAAACAUAGCACAGAAUGGCCUUGAGUUUGUAUCUACCAUGGAAGGCAGGAAGCACCCUUUCUAUGGGGUACAGUGGCAUCCGGAAGUGAACCGCUUUCAGUGGGACCCUCGUUUCAACUUUCCUCAUUCCAGCAAUGCUGUGCGCGUGUCGUCCUUACUGGCUGAAUUCUUUGUUAAUGAGGGAAGGAGAAGCUCCCACCGCUUCAGUGAAGCAGCAGAAGAGAGCAGCGCGCUCAUAUACAGAUACAAUGUGUAUGUGGCAAAUAUCUCUGCAUAUGAACAGUCUUAUUUCUUCUGAGAGGCACAAUAUGGGAGGACACUGAACAAGACAAAGAAAGAAAAGAAGAUAUUUCAGACAAAUGUACCCCCAUCACAGACCUCAUCUCAUUUUAGGAAUAUUGUUUUUAACUGAGAGACAAUUCGAAUAAUCAGUGUUUUAUUAAAUGAUUUUAAAUUUAUUUUAACACUCAUUAAUUAUGAAGAUGGUUACAUAUUUUAUUCCUUUCAAAUAGAAUAAAUAUUGUAUUAUGCAUGUUUGUUGCUUUAUGUGCCAGAAGAGGGCAGUAUUUUCAUGUUUAUGACACAGUCUAUUGCUUUUCCCUCAUGUUGUUUUGUAAAAUAGUCUAUAAA